AUGAGAGAUUUUUUUGCUUUUAGAAUACAAGAGAGACUAGCAGAUGGAUCUCCAUUGUUGUAUUCAAGGAGGCUCUUCCAACAGUUCUUGGUGGAUGCUUAUUCAAUGAUUGAAUCAUCUAGAUUGAAUUAUAUACGUCAUAAUCAAGACAAAUUUAGAUGUGAAAUGUACAAACGAAUAAAAGAUGCUGUUUUGAAUGGUGAAACUACACCCUCAUGUAAAGGGAAGCGAAUUAUACUACCUUCUUCAUUUACUGGUGGUCCUAGGUAUAUGAUACAGAAUUAUCAAGAUGCAAUGGCAAUUUGCAAAGUUGUGGGUUAUCCAGACCUAUUUAUUACAUUUACAUGUAAUCCUAAAUGGCCAGAGCUUGAAGAUUUUUUUGACAAUAGAGAACUACGUGCAGAAGAUAGACCAAACAUGGUUUGCAGGGCUUUUAAGGUGAAGUUGGAUUGUCUUAUCAAGGACAUCAAAGCAAAUCGCAUUUUUGGGAGGGUUAGUGCAGUGGUGUACACGAUUGAAUUCCAAAAACGCGGAUUGCCUCAUGCCCACAUACUAAUUUUCCUACACCCAGAUGAUAAGUAUCCCACUGGAGAAGAGAUAGACCAGAUUAUUUCAGCUGAGAUUCCAGAUAGAGAAAAAGAUCCUGUUUAUUUUGAUGCCGUUGAAAAACAUAUGAUGCAUGGUCCAUGUGGCAAUUUUAGAAAACAAUCACCGUGCAUGGAAAAUGGAAAAUGCAUAAGGCACUUUCCAAAAAGAUUUGUUGAUGAGACAACAGUUGAUGAAGAUGGCUAUCCAUUAUACAGGCGCAGAGAUGAUGGGAGGAUUAUUAAUAAAAGUGGUGUUGAUCUCGAUAACCGUUACGUAGUCCCACAUAAUAGGUUUUUGCUGCUGAGGUAUGGUGCACACAUUAAUGUUGAGUGGUGUAAUCAAUCGAGAUCAAUUAAAUAUUUGUUUAAGUAUGUGAAUAAAGGGAAUGAUCGUGUAACUACUGCAUUUUACAAAAGUGUUGGUGAAGACGUAGAAAGUGAUGAAAUCGAUGAGAUUAGUAUGUACUAUGAUUGUAGAUACAUAUCUCCAUGUGAAGCAGUUUGGAGGAUUUUCGGUUAUAGCAUUCACUAUAGAGAUCCUUCAGUCGUUAGGUUGGGGUUUCAUUUGCCGGAUGAGCAAAAUGUGAUAUUCAAAGACCAUGACAACUUAGAUGAGGUAGCUAGAGAGGCUCCGGUAAAGGAAUCUAUGUUUCUUGGUUGGUUUGAAGCAAAUAAAGAAUAUCGAGAGGCUAGGUCCCUAACAUUUGCUGAGCUUCCUACUAAGUUUGUAUGGAAAGCCCAAGAACGGAUAUGGGUUCCACGAAAAUCGCAUGCAGUCAUUGGAAGAAUUUUUUUUGUGCCUCCUGGAUCUGGUGAAAUUUACUAUUUAAGACUACUGUUGAAUUUAGUCAAAGUCCCUACUUGCUAUGAAGAUAUUAGAACUGUUGAUGGAACUGUGUACUCAACUUUCAGAGAUACAUGUUAUGCACGUGGCCUUUUAGAUGAUGACAGAGAAUAUAUUGAUGCAAUACAAGAAGCAAAUAAUUGGGGUUCCGGAGAAUAUUUGAGAAAAUUGUUUGCAACACUUUUGUUUUCAAAUUCUAUGACAAGGCCAGAAUAUGUAUGGGACAACACGUGGCAUAUUUUAUCUGAUGAUAUUCUACAUAGGCAAAAGAGAAUUCUUGACAAUCCAGAUUUAAGUUUAACAGAGCAGGAAUUGAAGGAUCUAACUCUUAUAGAUAUUGAGAAUAAAUUGAAGACUUACAACAAGAGUCUAAAAGAGUUCUCUUCCAUGCCAUUUCCAGAUAUGGAAAUGUGUUCCUCUCAUUUGGUUUCAAGCGGCAUCAAUCGGUUAAUUUCUGAUGAGCAACAAUAUGAUAGACACAGAUUAGCUGAUGAACAUAGCCUUUAUUUACAACAGCUGACAGAUGAACAACACCAUGUUUAUGAUAGGAUUAUGCAAUCUGUCAAUGAUGGAGUAGGUGGUGUUUACUUUUUAUAUGGAUAUGGUGGAACAGGAAAAACUUUUGUUUGGAAGACAUUGGCAUCAGGGUUAAGAUCAAGAGGUCAAAUUGUCUUGACGGUGGCUUCAAGUGGCAUAGCUGCUUUGUUAUUACCGGGUGGUAGAACAGCUCAUUCAAGAUUUGCAAUACCACUUAAUGUUGAUGAGUUUUCCACUUGCAAUAUAAAACAGGGCAGUGCAUUGGCAGAAUUGAUCAUAAAAACAAAACUUAUUAUUUGGGAUGAAGCUCCCAUGGUCAAUAAGCAUUGUAUAGAAGCACUUGAUAGGACAAUGCGAGAUUUAUUGAGAUUCAAGAAUGUUCAUAGUGAAGAGCAACCUUUUGGAGGGAAAACAAUUGUGUUUGGUGGUGACUUUAGACAGAUACUCCCUGUUAUACCCAAAGGAAGCAGGCAGGAUAUUGUGAAUGCGACUAUCAAUUCAUCCUACAUUUGGAAUAGUUGCAACAUGUUGAAACUAACAAGAAAUAUGCGGCUACAAGCGGAUGAUGCUAAUGUACAUUCGUCUGAGUUAAAGGAUUUUGCAGAAUGGAUACUAAGCAUUGGCGAUGGUAAAUGCGGGGAGUCUAAAGAUGGAAUUGAUACAAUUCAAAUUCCCAAUGACAUUCUGAUAAAAGAAUGGGAGGAUCCUAUAGCUGCUAUAUGUAGAGCAAUUUAUCCCGAGAUGUUUUGGCCUUCAAAUUCUGUCUAUGAAGUCGAAGAUCGAGCUAUCCUUGCCCCAACAUUGCAAAUAGUAGAUGAGAUUAACCGAUACAUGAUGAGUUUAAAUCCACGUGAAUCACAAACAUACUAUAGUUCUGACAAAGCAUGUCCAACAGAGCCAUCUAAUGAGUUAAUCGCAUCAAUACACACUCCAGAAUUUCUAAACACAAUUAGGUGUUCGGGGAUUCCAAACCAUGAGUUGACAGUCAAGGUAGGAACACCUAUCAUGUUACUACGGAAUAUUGAUCACUCGGCUGGAUUAUGCAAUGGAACCCGAUUGGUGAUAACAAAGCUAGGAAAACACAUUAUUGAAGCUAAAAGCAUGACAGGAAAGAAUGCUGGUCAGAAAGUUUUUAUUCCAAGGAUGACCCUUAGUCCAUCUGACCAUAGAAUGCCAUUCAAGUUUCAACGCAGACAGUUCCCUAUAAUGGUAUCCUAUGCCAUGACAAUUAAUAAGAGUCAAGGACAAUCCUUAUCAAAAGUUGGAUUGAUUUUAAAGAAGCCUGUUUUUACCCACGGACAAUUGUAUGUGGCUAUUUCGAGAGUUACAAAUAAAUAUGAUAAAUAA